CUUUAUAUUAAAUGACAGUUAACAAGAAAAUGGCCGCGUUAGGUGUUUUUUGAAAUUUCUGUUUUCUAUUUGCAAAAGACUAAAAUCCUGUAUUUCUUCAAUAAUGACACCUGCAUGAGCACCGGGUGGAUAAAAAUCGUAUAAGACACUCCUUCAACCCGCUGAGGAAGACUUCCAAGUCAAAUCUCUGAUGAAGCUGUACAGACUACCCAAAAAUCCUCCAAGUCCCAAUAGCCCGUCAGAUAUGAGUUCAACUUCAACCAUGGAGUACCGUGGGGGCCGAUCCUUGCAUGGAGCAGGUCGGGGGGCCGCCAGUGCCGGUCCGCAUUGGUCAGUACUACCAAACUCCAAGGCCCCACCCUUGGAGGCCCACGCUGGGUUACGAAAACGUGGAAGUGACCCCAUUGCCGAGUCAACCGGUCACAAAUGCGCUCAUCGAUCCCUGUUAUACUCCGCAUGGGAUGGCCACCGAGCCGUUGAAAUUUCCGAAUUUGGUGACCGGUUUUGAGCGAAAUCCGGCCCAUGCAGCUAGGGCUGCCCUUUAUACGAGAUAUACGCCCAUUGAGUGGACGCAUAAUAAUUUGCGGAAUUAUGGCGAGUCGGAUACGAAUCGGAAUUAUUCGGAGCGGCUCAGGGGCGAAUUUAUUCGGGUCAUGAGAGAAACUGAUGAAAAAACGGCGCAAGGUCAGCGCGAGGUGGGCCGAAGACUUGGUGAAAGAAUCACCGAUUUGACGUUUUGGCGGAAUGAGGCCCGCACUGAGCUCGAGAGACUUUUGACUGAGAGUGAUUUGCUGCAAGAAGCUCGCAGGUCUUUAGAGAAGGCUAUUUCGGACAUUGAGGGGCCCCUCCAUAUCGCUCAGGAGUGCCUCUACCAAAGAGAAAACCGCCAGGGAAUUGAUCUAGUCCACGAUAAUGCCGAACACUCCCUUCUAAAAGAAAUCGAAAUUUAUCGAAACUCUCAGGAACAACUCAAAUGUCUCUACGAACGCAUCAAGGACCAGCUCAGAAAUAACAGAGCGGCUCAGCACGAACUCGAAACUGACGUUCGGAGCAAAGAAGGGGCUCUUGGAAUUGACAACAUGUGCCACCAACUCAAUAAUUUCUCCAAAGGAAUCAACUACUACGGAGGGAUAGAAAAAUACGACCCUACGGUUUCAACGGUUCAAACGUGGGCCGAAAACAGCAACCGAAUCGUUCAAAGAUCACAAUCAGAAAGAGGCAAAUCGGCUCAGUUACGUUCCGAUAUUGAAAAUUUAAUAAACACAGUUGCUACUCAAAUUUGGGAUGCUUGGAGUAAUACGAAUAAUGCGUUAGCAAGACGGGCAGCAGAAACAUUAGAAGCCAAAAGUAAACUCCAAAUGCAUUUGCAUAAAAUCCAACAGGAAAUUUUCGAUGUUGAGAAAAAUAUCGAAUUGAUCAAGAAGGCAAUUAUGGAUAAGAGCAAUCCAAUGAAAGUGGCACACACAAGACUUGAAGCGAGAACUCAUCGGAAAAACGUCGAGUUGUGCAGAGAUACGGCCCAAGACAGACUUGUGCGAGAAGUGGUUGAUAUUCAAGACAGCAUUGAAUAUCUCCACAGAAAGCUCCAAGAAGCGGAAGCUCAGCAUCAACAACUGCUCAAAACUCGAUCAAAUCUCGAGUCAGAUUUGCACAAUAAAGUCAAUUCGUUGUUUAUUGAUCGAGAAAAAUGCAUGGGGAUGAGAAGGUCAUUCCCUAUCACUGCCACCAUCAAAUACUAACACAUUCAGUCCAAAAAUAAAUCGUGCACUAACAAAUUUUUA